GGCUUUUUUUGGCGCAGCGAAGCCACCGAAGAGGACCACCUGCAGAUCAAAAUUCGUCACUGUUCGUUGCGAACGACUCCUACAAAAAAGAUCCGCACGCUGCUGCGGUACCGUCAGCAAUGUACUCUCUAAGGGAGGCGACAUUAGCAAUGCUGGUCUGGUCGCUUUGCGUCGGCAGCGCGAUGGCCAAGUACGGGGGCCUUGGCAUCUUCGUACAACAUGGUAUGAACAGGACUUCAUACGUGUCGCGCCUCGUGGCGGCCAUGCCGUGGACGGCGUUCACGGCCAUGUGCGCGCUCGUCGGGGGCCACAUGCUGUCCAUAAAGACGUGGGCGUCGCAGCGCGACCGCGGCGUGUCCACCGUGGCGCGCGACUUCAGCAUGAGCACCGGGGCGCUCACGACGGACUUAAACGACCUCAAAGAGCGCUGGACGAAGCGCGGCGUGUUAGGUUGGGCCGCGCGCCAGACUGUCUUUUUGUUAUUACACUCGGGAGCCAUCCUCUACAAUUUCACCCCGGGACCGCUCGUCGACACCUUCGGCGGGGCGGUCGUGGACUUCCUCUUCGCGUGCCUCAUGUCCGCGAUUGUGUUACACGUUCAAGGCGAGAUCACCCUCAAGCGGCGGAAGACGUACGCCGCGGCGUGCUUCCACGGCUGCGUGAUCCUCCUGACCAUGACGUUCGGCUUCAUAUACUUCGACCUGAACCACCAGCCGGUUGUGAACGCCCUCGCUGUGGCAGUGGUGAGAGCGGUGAUGCACGGGGACUUGAUCGAGUUCAAGAUCACGGUGAUCUGCUGCUUCGUGGAGAUGAAGCGGGUCUCGACGUGGAUCUACAACGCCGCCGUCUACCUCCCUCGCUUCAAGGCCGUCGCUAGAGUGAUCGUGCCCGAGUCGCAAGUAAACGACGACGACGACGACGACGACGACGAUGCAGGCGCAAGUAUCAGCAGUGUUGUCAUUGGCGGCGUUGUCGGCGGCGGCGACGGCCGAAUUACCUUCAGCUCCAAUACCUUAGACCGCCUCGCCACCCAAGGCCGCGUGGGCGAGAACAAGGCUCGCGAGAUCGUCUGGGACUCGGAGCAGAGCAAGAAGGACGUCGCACACGCAAUCUCUUUGAAGGGUUCGUUGCCUCCGUGGCUCCAGCCCGAAACCUUUAGCCAGGCCGGCCUCCUCCGCGCGCUCAACACGAAGUACGCCAAGUGCGAGCGCCGCGCGGCCUUGCUUUUGCAGGAGAGCCCGCAAACCGACCUCGUCGUGCGCGCGAGCGGGCGGCGCGCGCUCGUCUUCCGCCUCCGGGAGCCGCGCCUGAACGUCAAGUUAGCUCCGUUAAUUGUUGUGGACGACGUGCCGAAUUAUGUUCCCGAAAUGCACAGCAUGGACGCGGCGCGCUUCUUGGCGCACUACUGCUGCAUACGGACGACGUCGAUGUUUCUCUUGUUGGCUUUGGUCCACGCCAUGCGCGAGGACUACGACUCCGAGCUGCCGCCGUGCAUCAGCGGCGGCUGCUGGGAAUUAGAUAGGUUCCGGUUCUCGGAGCGGGAGGUGAAGGACCUGCCCGACUUCGUACGGCGCUACAAGCAAUUUAUUGACGUCUGGUGGCCAGCAGUGUCCAAAUCAAACGGAGUCCGCGCCGCAACGCGACGGCUCUUCGAGCGGAAGCGCCGCGGGUGUGACGUGCUGCGCGUCGAUGACGUGGCGCCACGUCUCCGCGGGGGCGCGGCCCUGCGACGCCGCGCGUGCUGGAGUCGCGGGAACUGCGCCACGAGGAAAGAAGACCGCGCGCGCGACGGCCCUUCGACGCCGAUCGGAACGGUCACUUGGAUGUACGCACAGGUGGCCCGCCCUCAUCAUCGGCCUCCCCUACGAGGUGGCCUUGUUCCAAGCGAGCGCUGUUGACGGCCGCUACGUCCUCGUCGAGGGCUCUCUGGCCUCGCGGCGCGGCAGCACGGACGUCGAGCUCCCGGCCUUCCCGGUGCAGGUGACGCCGUACGACGCCUACUCCGCGUACACCGCCUCCACCGUCCCCGCCGCCGAGCGCGCCCUCAACAUCGAGGCCUUCCGCGAGUGCCUCGUGGAGCGUUCGGACGCCGAGCUCAUCAAUGGCGUGCGCGAGCACUUCGCGUGAGUGAUCCCGGGGCAUAUUGUGGUAAGGUGAGAUGAGUGGCAG